GAAUAUAAAUAUAUAUCAGCAUCUCAUAAGUGAGGAAUUUCAUGUCUCAUAUUCUUCAAUCGAUUUGAUUUGCAAGGGAGUUUGAUUCUUUUUUUCCCCAUGGCUGCUUCUCCAUCUUCUUACAGAUGCCGUUAUCAUGCCUUCUUGAGUUUUAGGGGUGAAGAUACACGCAAGGGGUUUACGGAUCAUCUGUACAGAGCUUUAGAGAUGGCCGGCAUCCACACAUUUAGAGACGAUGAUGAAAUUGAGAGAGGAGCGGAGAUAGCAGUAGAGCUGCAGAAAGCUAUCCAAGAAUCACAGGUAUCACUGAUCGUGUUUUCCAAGGAUUAUGCUUCCUCAAGAUGGUGCUUGGAUGAGCUUGCCAAGAUCAUGAAACGUAAAAGAAAUGAUGGACACAUGGUUGUGCCAGUUUUCUAUAAGGUGGAUCCAUCCGAUGUUAGAAAGCAGACUGGCAGUUUUGGAGAAGCGUUUGCCAAACAUGAAGAGCGCUUCAAGGAAGAGAUGGCCAAGGUGGAUGAGUGGAGAAGAUCUCUUAGAGAUGCUGCUGAUCUGGGAGGGAUGGUCUUAGGAGAUCAGUAUGAAUCACAGCUGAUCCAAAAUAUUGUUGAGGACAUUGGAAAUAAACUGGAACCCAAGGUAUUAAAUGUUGCUCCCCAUAUGGUUGGAAUAGAUGAUCGUGUGAAAGGUAUAAACAUGUGGUUAAGAGAUGGAUCAGCUGAUGUUGGUGUAGCUGGAAUUUAUGGAAUGGGUGGAAUUGGCAAAACCACCAUUGCAAAAGUUGCUUAUAACAUGAACUUGGAUAGCUUUCAAGGAAGUAGCUUUGUUGCAGAUAUUAGGGCAACUUCAGAACAACCUAAUGGUUUGGUUCGCUUGCAAAUGAAACUUUUAUCUGAUAUCCAGAAGCAGAAUUCGAAGCCAAAGAAGAUAUACUCUGUUGAUGAAGGUAUGAGCCGGAUCAAGCACAUUGUAUGUUGCAAAAGAGUUCUUAUUGUUCUUGAUGAUGUAAACGAUUUGGACCAAUUCGGUGCAAUUCUUGGAAUGCGAGAAUGGUUUCAUCCUGGAAGUAAGAUUAUCAUAACAACUAGACAUCAACACUUGCUAAUCACAAAUGGGAUUUCUAAAAUGUUCGCAGUUCAAAAACUACUUGAGCAAGAAUCACUUGAGCUCUUCAGUUGGCAUGCUUUUAGACAAGUUUAUCCUAUCCAAAGCUACAUGGAGCUUUCUACAGCUGUAGCACAACGUUGUGGAGGGCUUCCAUUAGCUCUUCAAGUUUUGGGGUCUUCUCUAUUUGGAAAGAGCGAAGAUGUUUGGAAAAAUGCAAUUGAGAAAUUGGACGUGAUUCCCGAUGGAAAAGUUCAGAAAGUUCUUAGAAUAAGCUUUGAUACUCUACAAGAUGAUCAUGACAAAAGUUUAUUCCUUCAUAUGGCAUGUUUCUUCACGGGGAAGGAGAAAAUUUUUACAAUUACAGUACUGGAUAACCUUGAAUUUUUCACAAGAAUUGGAAUUCAAAAUCUAGUUGAUAGAUGUUUAGUGCAAAUUGAUCAUGAUGACAAGUUGAUCAUGCAUCAAUUACUGAUUGACAUGGCAAGGGAAAUUAUUCGCCAAGAGUCACCAGAGAACCCUGGAAAACGUAGUCGGGUGUGGCAUAAGGAUGCAUCUAAUGUCUUGGAGAACAUAACUGGUACAGAAACUAUUAAGGGUCUCAUGCUCAACCUUCAUAAGGAAAAUACACUUUCUAACACUAAACGAUGCCAUGCUGAAGAGUAUGAUGGAAAUUGUUCCAGACCGCGUUGGCUUGGUUUCUUCUCAUGGAAAUCAAAUAACUUUUCCUUAACAGAGUUAGAUUCAGAUGAGGGAAACUUCAAAACAGAGGCAUUUAAAGGGAUGCAUAAUCUGAAAAUUCUUCUGCUCAAUAAUGUAAAAUUCAGUGGUUGCUAUAACGACUUUCCAAAAAAAUUAUCCUGGUUGUGUUGGCAAGGGUUUCCUUCAGAAUCUAUACCCAAGGAAUUUCAUUUGCGAACUCUAGUUGUUCUUGAGUUGCAGAAUAGCAAACUGAAAUUUGUUUGGGAGGGGAAAAAGACUCUGCCGAGAUUAAAAAUCCUUGAUCUCAGUCAUUCACUUGGUCUUGUUACAACCCCUGACUUGUCAGGACUCUCUAACCUUGAGAGAUUAAUCCUUAAUGGUUGCACAAACAUCGCUGAGAUUGAUGAAUCCAUUGGUGACCUUGAGAAUCUUGUUUUCUUGAAUCUUGAAGACUGCAAAAAUCUCGAGAAGCUCCCAGAAACAAUUUGCAAGUUGACAUCCCUCAAAGAGCUUAACCUUUCAGGUUGUUCAAAGCUUGCUCUUCAUUCUAAUACAGCAACUGAUAUGAAGAAUUUCUUCAGCCUGUUAUCAAAUAAAUCAUGGCAAUCAAUUUGGUCGCAUGUAUCACCAAGAAAAGGUGUUGAACCAACAGGUUUGUCAUUGGUAAAUUUGCCACAUUCUAUAGUACGGUUAAGUCUGGCUCAUUGCCAUCUGUCAGAGAUUCCCAAUGAUCUUCAUAUCUUUUCCUCAUUGAAGGAACUGGAUCUAAGUGGGAAUCAAUUUAUGAGUCUACCUGAAAACAUGAAGAAUAUCAUUGUCCUCAAGUCUCUUCGAUUAAACGGUUGCACAAACCUCAUAAUGCUUCCGGAGCUCCCACCGAAUUUAGAUGAGUUUUUUGCAAUCAAUUGUACAUCAGUGAAAAAACUUCCAAGUUUACCAAAUACAUCGAUUAAUAUACUUAUCGGUUGUGGAGAAUUAGUUGAAGUUCAAAGUGUCUUCAGUAUAAGGCCAUUGAUCGGCGAGCUUGACAUGGAAAUGAUAAGAAAUAUGGGCCUGUGCAAUUUGGAACCCUUUGGACGCACUGAGGAGCUUGAAAUGAUAAAUUGCUUGACAUCAACAACCAGGACAUGUCCCCUCCAGGGGCUGUAUGAAUGUGGCAUAUUCAGCAUUUUCCUUCAUGGAAGCAUGAUUCCUAAUUGGUACAAGUACAGGGGUGAAACCGCCUUGUCUAUCAUUGUUCCUUCCCAUCCUAAACUCAAGAUCAAAGGCUUAAAUGUCUGUGUUGUGUACACCAGAGAUUGUGUUGUGCACAAAUUUGAGUUGUAUAUUUCACUCUUUCUAAAAGUCAGUAAUGAAGCGAAGGGUCUUAUGUGGUCAUAUUCCCCUGUUAGUGUUGGUCGCCCAAAAGAGAAUGAAGAAAUGUCAUGGCUAAGCCAUUGGCAGUUUGAGAAUGAUGAGUUAGAGGGUGGGGAAGAACUAUGUUUUUCUGUCGAUACCGAAGAUGUUCGGUUCUUGAUAAAGGAGAUUGGAGUCCAACUUGUGUACGAGCAUGAAAAUGAGGGCAAGGCAUGUAAUGGUAUCCAAUCAUCAAUUCCUGAAGAUGUUACAACCCAACAUGAGGCACCUUCUUGGAGCCAGGGUGUCCUCAUUGAACAUGUAGCGGCACCAAAGUAUCAAAUUUGGCCGGGCAAAUACUUCCUUUGCAAUCAUUACUCAUUUCCUGGUCGUUUUGAUUUUUCAAAAGCAUACCCCAUGGGUGGUUACCGCCGUAUAUUUGAACACCAAGAUUUUGAGAAACGUGUCUUGGGACAAAAAAAUCUUUUACGAGGAACGUGUUUUGCUUAAUUGAAUUCAUUUGUGUUUUAGAUGUAUAAUUUUUUGGAAGAUUCGAGUACUUGCAAGGGUGGCUUGUGGCACCAUGAAAUGCAAGUACGUGCUUUGUAUGAUACACGGAGGAAGUCCAGUUCAUUGAGUGCUUCAGUUCCAAUGAAAUAAUUGGGUUUGCUUGACUGACAUCACUUUUUGUGAUAUGGUUCUAUAACCAGGUUGUUGUUGCGGGAUUAUGUGCCUAGUUCAAACGAGGUUACGUAGCCUAAUUGUAAUAGGGGUAGUAUAUUCUCGUAGAUAUCCUAUUUAUGAAUAUAAUUCAUUCUUUCUUGUACUCCAAGAAUAUUGUAUUUGUAAUCCUUUAUAUACUGAGGCCCUAUUCAAUGAAAUA